GAGUAAUCAGCCAAGCUGGCUGGCUACCCUGAUCACAUGAUUAUGUAGAAACAUGAAACUUGCUAUGUGCUCGAGCAAGUUUUACUUCUCUCUAGUGCAGGAGUGUCUGCCAGCAGCCUGUGCUCUCGGAAAUCAGAUUCAAGUGACAAGGGACCCUUGAGACCCAACGCUUAUCAUGCUACUGCCUGGGAGGGCCAGGAACUGCUGAUGCUACCACUGAACACUUAUCCGUAGUGCUUACAAUUACCGAAAAGAAUGGACAAGCUUAAUAAGAUAACUGUCCCAGCCAGUCAGAAGUUGAGAGAGAUCGUGAGUGUCUUUCACGGAAGCUAGCAGGGAAGACCUUGAUCCAGGGCAUAUAUUCCCAGGGCUGAAAAGAAAUAGAAGCAGAAGAGAGAUCAGCAAGGGAAGGAAAGCGAACUCAACCAAGGAAAGGAGGGCAAGCAGGAUUGGAAGGAACCAAGGACUCCCAAAGUGAAGGCAGCUUCAAAAGAUGGUCCAUGAUAUUAAGAACAAUGAAGGUGGAAUAAUGAACAAAAUAAAAAAGCUGAAAGUUAAAGCACCUCCAAGUGUUCCUCAAAGGGACUAUGCUUCAGGGAGUGCUGCUGACGAAGAGGAACAGUGGUCAGAUGACUUUGAUGGUGAUUAUGAAAAUCCAGACGAGCACUCUGACUCGGAGAUGUACGUGAUGCCAGCGGAGGAGAACGGGGAUGACAGUUAUGAGCCACCUCCAGUUGAGCAGGAGACAAGGACAGUUCAGCCAGCCCUGCCCUUUGCCAGGGGAGAGUAUGUAGACAAUCGCUCAAGCCAGAGGCAGUCUCCACCCAUCAGCAAGACACUUCCCAGCAAGCCCAGCUGGCCCUCAUCAAAAGCAAGGCUCUCCUCCACUCUGCCAUCCCUCACUUCUCUUCAGAAACCUCAAGUCCCACCCAAACCCAAAGAGCUCCUUGAAGAUGAGGCUGAUUAUGUGGUUCCUGUCGAAGAUGAAGAUGAAAACUAUAUUCAUCCCACAGAAAGCAGUUCGCUUCCAUCUGAAAAAGCUCCCAUGGUGAACAGAUCAACCAAGCCAAGUAACUCUUCAAAGCCAGCCUCUCCUCCAGAAACAGUUUCAGGUCGAAACAGCAGGCCCUGGGAAUCCAAGUUACCUUCUUCACCUGCAGCGCCAUGCCCACUGCCAAGGGCUGGGAAGAAGCCAGCUACACCACUGAAGAUAACUCCGAUUGCCUCGCAACAGAAUGCAUCAAGUGUUUGUGAAGAAAAACCUAUCCCUGCUGAACGUCACCGAGGGUCUAGUCACAGACAAGAAGCUGUGCAGUCACCAGCAUUGCCUCCUGCCCAGAAACAAAUUCAUCAAAAACCCAUCCCUCUGCCAAGAUUUCCAGAAAUGGGAAGCCCAACUGUGGAUGGACCAUUACCCAGCUUUUCAUCUAAUUGCAAUUUGUCAGAACAGGAAGCUGAAGUUUACUGUAAGCCAUGGUAUGCUGGUGCCUGUGAUCGAAAAUCUGCAGAAGAGGCAUUAUACAAGUCAAAUAAGGAUGGAUCAUUUCUUAUACGGAAAAGCUCUGGACAAGAUUCCAAACAACCAUAUACAUUAGUUGUAUUCUUUAAUAAGCGAGUAUAUAAUGUUCCUGUGCGAUUUAUUGAAGCAACAAAACAGUAUGCUUUGGGAAGAAAGAAAACUGGCGAAGAGUACUUUGAAAGUGUUGCUGAAAUAAUCAAGAAUCACCAACAUAAUCCCUUGGUUCUCAUCGACAGCCAGAAUAACACAAAAGAUUCCACAAGACUGAAAUACGCAGUUAAAAUUUCAUAAAGAAAAAAAAAAUGCAGGUCCGCAUCGUUGAUUCAGACACUUUCCCAAACUUUCUACUUUGGAUAAAAAGUCUCAAAACUUCAUAUUUUGGAUUAUGAAUAAUCCAGUAAGAAAACAGAAGAUGGAGGCAACUAUUAAGGUGGUCAUCCUUUUUUUUAUAAGAUGGUCACAUGAAAUUGUUUUAUCUAUUGCCUGACAUGAUGAACUGUUAAUAUUUGAUGAGGUUGAGUUAUUAUUCUACUAAUAGUCUCCAAAUAAAUCAUUAUUUAAAAAAAACAGGUGUACAGUAUUUUGAGUCAUGUGAGAAAAUACCACACUAUUUUCAAAAUAAGAAAAUAAUAUUCUUGGAUAAAACAAAGCUGCUAAAAAUUUAGGCCACCACAAUGGUCACUGGUGCACUAAUGUAGCUGGGAUGUCUACUGUCAAUGCUUGACAAUUAUGUCUUGGUUAAAAUUUUAAUGUGCAGAAAAUCAAAAUAUUAUAAGUAAUAUAUGAUAUUUGUAAGUAGCAGACAAGGAAGAUGUAAUAGUUCCUUUUUUGUGACUGCCCCCAACCAUAGGACAUAUAUAUGGAUAUGAACUUUCUAGAAGUUAUUGCUCCAGACUGUGUUGUUAGCUUUGCUUAUUAAAGAUGAUUAUACCCUCUUGUAUCUGCAUUUUUUUUAAAUGAACCUAAACUUGACAUGAAGUUCAAAGUGGAAUAAGAGCAAAACCAGUUCCUAGGGAAACAUAUCACAGAACAAGAGCAGAAAAACAGACAUUUACGAACACUAGGGAAUAAAAAGGAUACCAUUGUGAGCAGCCCUGUCCAGAAAUGUAUUAUACUCUGUAAUAUGGAAGUUUUUUUUUUUUUUUAACUGUAUACUUUAGACAGCAUGGAAACUCUGGUGGUGUAGUGGUUAAGAGCUACAGCUGCUAACCAAAGCAGCAGUUCAAAUCCACCAGGUGUUUCUUGGAAACCCUAUGGGGCAGUUCUACUCUGUCCUAUAGGGUCACUAUGAGUUGGAAUUGACUUGACAACAAAGGCUUUUGGGUUAGACAGCACUGAAAUGAUAAAGCAGCUAAUUAAGAUAAAUUCAAUAAUUAAAUAAGAAGUACACUGAUCACUGAAUAAGACAGCAAUGUCUGAAGGAGUUGUGAAAGGCUAGAAGGUAAUGAUUUUAGAGUAACUCACAGACUGACUUGGAAAGAUAAUUUUUUUUUAACAAUUUGUUUUAUUUUGUUGUUGUUGAAAAUACACACAGCGGAGCAUAUACCAUUGUAACAAUUUCUAUGUGUAUAAUUCAUUGACAUUGACUACAUUCUUCAAGUUGUACAACCAUUCUCAUCCUUUUCCAAAUUGUUCCUCCUUCUUAACAUAAACUCACUGUUACCUAAGCUUCCUAUCUAACCUUUUGAGUUGUUCUCGUCAAUUUGAUCCCAUUCAGAUAGUUCUUUAAAAGAGCAGAAUGCUCAAGGCAGACAUUGUUUACUAAUUAAGUUAAACUAGUAUUUGGUUUAAAGAAGACUUCAAGGUAUAUUUCUGGCUUAAGGUUUAAAGAUUAUCUCAGGGCAAUAGUUUCUGUGUUUCAUCCAGCUUCAAUGGCUCCAGAAAGGCUGAAUUCUACGAGAAUUUGAAAUUCUAUUCCACAUUUUCCACCUUUUGAUCAGAAUUCUUCUACAGAAUCUUUGAUCAAAACAUUCAGUAACAGUAUCCAAGCACCAUCCAGUUCUUCUGAUCUCAUGGCAGGGGAGACAGUUAUUCAGGGAGGCAAUUAGCCAUACAUUCCAUAUUCUCCUCUUAUUCCUGACUCUCUUUAUUCCUCUGUUGCUCCAAUUGUUGUACCUUGGAUGGCUGCUUGCAAAUUUUUAAGACUCCAGGUACUACACAACAAACUAGAAGGUAGAACAAAAGCACUAAACACAGUAUUAGGCCAAUUAAUUGAGAUGUCCUAUGACAUCAUGACCCUAAACCUCCAAAUCAAUAAACUAAAUCCCAUGAGGUAUUUGGUUGUACAUAAGCAGUCUCAGCAGCUGCUCUUUUGUUGUUGUUGUUUUUAUUGUAAAAAUAUAUAUCACACAACAUUUGCCAAUUCAACUUUUUAUAGAUGUAUAACAAGCCAUGGUGUUUCUAAUCGCCUCAUAUGCAUGUUAAAGGGGGACAAUCAGUAACGAAGACUGAAGAAGAAUUGAUUCCUUUGAAUUAUGGUGUUAGCAAAGAAUAGUGAAUAUACCAUGGACUGCCAGAAGAACGAACAAAUCUGUCUUGGAAAAAGUACUGCCAGAAUGCUCAUUAGAAGCAAAGAUGGCAAGACUUUGCCUCACUUAAUUUCUACAUGCUAUCAGCAUGGACCAGUCCCUGGAGAAGGACAUCAUGCUUGGUAAAGUAGAGGGUCAGAGAAAAAAAAGGAAGACGCUCGGCAAGGUGGAUUGUCACAGUGGCUGCAGCAACAGGCUCAAGCAUAACAACUAUUGUGGGAAUGGCACAGAACUGGGCAGUGUUUCCUUCUGUUGUACAUAGGGUUGCUAUGAGUUGGAACCAACUUGAUGGCACCUAACAACAACAAUAACGUAUUGACAUCAAUCACAUUAAUCAGUUGUGCUAGCACUACCCUUAAUCAGUGUGAAUUUUCCAUUAAAUAAACAGAAAUUCAGUGCUCCAUGACCAAUAACUCCCCCCUUUCCUCUUCCCUCCCAUACCUGGUAACCACUAAUAAACUUUUGUCUCUAUAAAUUUGUCUGUUCUUAUAUUUUUAUAUAAGUGAGAUUAUACAAUAUUUGUCCUUUUGUGAUUGACUUAUUUCACUCAGCAAUCCAUGCUUUAGCAUGUAUCACCACUUCUUUUCUCUUUCUGGCUGAGUAGUAUUUCACUGUACAUACGUACCACAUUUUGUUUAUCCAUCCAUCCAUUGAUGGACAUUUAGGUUAUUUCCACCUUUUGCCUAUUGUGAAUAGUGCUGCAAUGAACACUGGAGUACAUAUGUCUCUUCGCAUUGCUGCUUCCAAGUCCCUUGGGUAUAUUCCUAGCAGUGGAAUUUCUCAAUAAUUCUAUUUUUAAAUGUCAUAUACUUUCAUGAUUACUGCCUAUAUACUUUUGACAAUGAAAUUAAAUAUAAAUAGGCUUUAGAUAUUUUGUAUGGGAAGAUAUUUUUUUCCCUCUUAGAAAAACAGUGGAAUCAUUUAGAAUGUACUAAAAAGGACAGCCUGUAAUUUAAAGGGAACUGGGUUAAUUUUUUAUAGUGUGAAGCAUUGGCUCUCUAAUUUAAUCCUGUUUUCCUCAGGGUUAUAUGGGAUUUUUUUUUUUUUUCUACUUAAUCCCUCCACCACCACAGUGACCUGGCUCCAUGACAAUCUCUUUGGCCCCAACCUCAGUCUCCUCCCCCAGAUGGCCCAUUCUAGCUAGGCAGAGGAGCACAGCCAUAGCAUUUUACUAGUCCAACAAACUGAAAAACCAAACCCACUGCUAGAGGCCUUGUAGGGCGAAGUAGAACUGCCCCAUAGGGUUUCCAAGGCUGUAAAUCUUUACGGAAUCAGACUCCCAUAUCUUUCUCCUGCUGAGUGGCUGGUGGGUUCAAACCACCGACCUUUUGGUUAGCAGACACGCACUUUACCAUUGCACCACCAGGGGUUCCUU